ACUGAAAACACAUCUGUAGAACCGGUAGUGGCAGGGUGUGGAGGUCAUGGCAGAGCAGCAUGCCGAGUGUGUGUGGACUUUAAUGUAGAACGGUGAAUCCUGCAGCACCCGAGUUUAUAUCAAAAGUGUCCAAUUGUUCUUCACUUGCACACUGAUAAGGAUGACUCUGAACGCAGGAGACACCGGGUACGGCAGUGUGGCAGGCCCGGGGCUGUCGAGCAGCGUGGGCGGCUCGGAGUCGGCCCCACUGCUCAUCCCGGAGGAUGAAACAGAGCCCUUCCAGCAGUGGCAGCCUCUCUCGAAGGAAGAGCUGGAGCUGGCAGCCGGGGGUCCGGGGUGGAAGAAGGUGCGGUUUUACCUGGUGCUGCUGUUCUGGCUGGCCUGGUUAGCUAUGCUCGCCAUCUCUAUCGCCAUUGUAACCAUGAGUCCCAGGCCGGUUGUAACGCCGCUGAAGUGGUGGCAGAAGUCUCUGUUCUACCAGCUGGAGCCAGAGCUGUCCCUGGAAAAGCAGGCCGAAGGGUCAGGUGGCAUCAAUGCGCUCUGUGAAGAGCUUCCCUACCUCAGGUCACUGGGUAUAGGAGCUCUAAUUCUGGAGGGUCUGUUUGACAAGAAGGCCAAUCCCACAAACAAUGCUACUGGUGAAAAGAUUGGGACUUUGCCUCAGAUCCAGCGUCUGCUAGCAGAGAGCAACAAAGCAGGUCUCAAAGUGCUGUUAAACGUCUGUGAAGUGGAUCUGUUGGGAGCUGAGGAUGUAGCAGGAAGUGCUAGCAAGACCUUGGGUGUCUCAGCCACCGCCCACCAUGCACUGCGGUUCUGGCUGGAACAGGGUGCUGCAGGCUUUGCAAUCUGUGACACAGAUGCAGCGUAUUCAGAAAAGACUCUGCUGGAGUGGAAAGGUGUCUUCAAAGAGUUCAGCACUGAUGAGGAGGAAAGGAUUGUGUUGGUAAAACAGACCAGUGACGUUCUGCCUCUUCUGAAAAACUCCAGCCAGAGCAAUGUCACGCUGGUGGAUGUAGUAUUGAAGUCAAUUUUGCCAACUUCACAACACCUCCUGUCUGCAAAGGAAGUCGCUGCUGCUAUAGAGACAAAGCUGCAAAUGAAAGAAGAUGAAUCCUGGCCCAGCUGGACAGUUGGAGGUAAAGCCUCCCGUGAUUUGAAGAAUUUACUGCUGAUUUUGAUGAUGACCCUGCCAGGAUCACCUGCAGUCCCGUAUGAUGAAGACAUCGACCAAACACCUAGCGUGUCUCUAAAAGUCAGCUCGUCACAUGGAGACACAAACAAAUCGUUAGAUGUCAUAACAGACAAAGAGAAUAAUAGGCGUUCCACUCUAGCUCUCUUCACCUCCCUCAGUCACUCCAGAGCCAGAGAAGAAGCUCUUCAGUUCGGCAGCUUCACUUUCCUGCCCUUCAAUUCUUCCUCCAGCUCCUCCUCCAACUCCACUCUGCCCUCUCCUCCACCUCCUCCGAUCCUGGCCUUCUUGCGCUCCUGGGGUUGUGUCCACCUUCUGAUACUGCUCAACGUCGGGCCUGAACCUCACACCCUGGAUCCAGCCUGGGCACAGAGCCUGCCUAAAGCUGGAGUGUUUGUGUGCAGCACAGGAAUGGACCGUUUGGGGGCGACAUCUCUGGAAGAGCUGGAGCUGCGGCCCCAUGAAGCCAUCGUCAUCAAACUGUUUGAGGCAGGAAGCUACUCAUAGAGCUUCUCUUAAUCAUUUAAGUGCAGAUUUAGAUACUGAGAUUUGUCAUUUUUGUACAUUUAUGUGCUCAGAGGU